CCACAAUAAUGUUUACCAAUCACUGAAUCAUCCUAUUUCAUAUUUACUCUCCUCCUGUACACAAUUUUCAAUUUUAAAUCUGGCUGAUUGGAUAUUCAUUCAGAUUUUGCAUCCUUGAGAGUUUGGAAGGGAAUGGACUUGAUAUUUGCAUGGAAUGGCGUCAGGACAAGGAAUUGUUAAAGACGUGCGAGAGAUUUAUUCGUCCCUAUUCGAUCACAAGCCUGUGGUUCACCGAGAAAUUGAGUAUUUUGUUAAAGAAUUUGAGGACUCCCGGAAGGAUAGAGAGGUUGAUCGUCUGUUCAAAAUCCUAGAAAGAGUGACUGAAUUGAAAGGUGCCGAGCUUCAGAAAACACAAGCUCUUGGAGAUAUACAUUUGCCCAAACUUGCUGCGGAAUUACAUGUUGCGGAAUCCAUUGCAAAUAAACUUAUACAAAAACGAUCAACAGCAGAUGCUGAUGUACAGACAAAACUAGAUAAGGGACGGUCUGAACGAGCCAUCGAAUGGGAUAUCUUUGUGCAUGAUAUGACAGCAAAGUGCGUUAAGAUUGAUAACAAAUUUGUGGAAAAACAAGAAGAAAUUAAAGACGCUUUCAAGAAAACAGAAGACAAAAUUUUUAGCAGAAAGCUGGAAGAAUCUACAAAUUGAUUAAUUAAGAAAAUUCGUAAUUCAGCU